CUUGCUCAGAAGGAGUUACUGAAAAUCAAUAUGUACAAGGCGCCAAGGGAUAAACUUGUUUGCAUUCUUAACUGUUGCAAGGUUAUCACAAAUCUUUUGCUAAAUGCCUCCAUUUCAGAAAAUGAAAAUCCUCCGGGAGCAGAUGAUUUUCUCCCUGUCCUCAUAUAUGUCACAAUAAAGGCAAACCCUCCCCAGUUGCACUCUAAUUUAGUAUACAUACAACGGUUUAGGCGUGAAACCCGUUUAGUGUCAGAGGCAGCCUACUAUUUCACGAACGUACUUUCUGCAGAAUCAUUCAUCAAGAACAUUGAUGCAGUAGCGCUAUCCAUGGAUGAAACUGAAUUUGAGAGCAAUAUGAAAUCUGCUCAAGUACUUGUGUAUGGCCUUAUGGUAGACUCAGAUAAUAUACUAGGUCAUAAUAAUCAAAACUCCGGAGAAGAGGCACUCAAACAGGCCAUGAACACUACCAAACGUGAAGCCGUUGUUUUGCAGCCUGAGGCAUCUGAAACUAAAGCCAGAAAUGAUGAACAAUAUGUGAAGAAUCAACCUUCAACCGAUAAAAUCCCAUCAAUCUCAGAUCUAGAAAAUAAAGGGGCAGCUAUGAUGAUGAAGGAGGACAACAUGAGCGACUUCUUUCAGAUUUUCCCUUAUUUUUUCUCUCAGGCUGGUUUCUUAACCGUCAGUGAUGUUGAAGAACUGCUAAAUAACUACAAGAAACUUGUAUUGAAAUAUGUAUGUCUUUCUAAAGGUUUGAACAUCGCUGCUUCCCCAUCUCCAAUAUUGUUCAAUCAUCAAGAAGGGCAAAGCCAAACCCAGCUGGAAACUGUCAAAAGCCCAGAAAAUGUGUCGACAACAGAACCAAAUGAUGGGGCAUAUAGAGACUGUCAAUUUACAGCAGCCAGUGACAACAUUGACAUUCCACUUCUUAAUGCGGAAGAUUCUCAAUCCAGGUUAGCAGUAGAGGAAGAUGUUGAAAGUAAAGACGGGGAAAAUGAAUGAUGGGUGGGUGGGGUUGUUGACAUGUAAAAUCAAAUGUAGUCCAAUACCCAGCCUAUAUUAGAACCCGUUUACUAUUUUAUUUGGAGAAUGGGGGCAAAUUAACCUUCUCAUAGAAUGAAAGCAAGGGUAAUUGAAAAGAGGAGUUUUUUCCACUUUUAGUCCUCUGACUAUUAUGACAUUGACACUUUUGAUACUCUACUUUGAUUUUUCCCAUUUUUAGUCCUCAACUAUUGUGCUCGAGACACCUUUGGUACCCCCUUCUUUGAAAUUUUCCAUAUUUAGUCCUUCGAAUUUUAUAAAAGUGACACUUUUGGUCCUUCAAUUAUUAUAAUAGUGACAUGUUUAGUCCUCCACUUUUGUGCCAAAAUCAGUGAAGAAAAGUGUCAAUUUGAUAAUACUCAAGGGACUAAAUGUGUGAUGUUUUGAAGUCGACGACUAAACGUGUCUCUAGCACAAUAGUUAGAGACUAAAAAUGAAAGAAUUAAAAGUCGAGUACCAAAAGUGUCACCGACACAAUAGCCGGGGAUUGAAAGUGGCAAAAACUCUUGAAAAGAGCAAGUUUUAACUAAUGCCAAAUUACCACGUUUUUAAGCCUCAAUAUAUGCCUUGAAAGCACACGUUGCACGCG